AUUGUUCUUUUUCCUUUCAAACCUUUUUUUAGUAUUAAAAACGUUUGAUUCUCUUUUAAGAUAAAGCUAUUAACAAACUAAAUUUACGUAUUAUAAGUGAACAUCAGAUAAAAUGUACCGUAAAAAUCAAUAGCAUAGUAAGCUUGAGCCUUUAGCUGACUCUCGAUAAUGACAUACGUUGAAUUGAAUUGAAAGUGGACAUGAGCAUCACAGGAUACAAAGCUAUAACUACAUACGCACGUGUUUGCCGGUCGAUACUGGCGCUAUCUAUUGCUCACCACCUAUCUUGCUGUCAGGCUGUCUGGCAGCUGCGGCACGCAGUACGUCGCCUACCCCAAGCAAGUUGCAUGUCGCUUGCAACCCCACGCGCGCAGACGACGCGCUCUGCCACUUUGUAUAUACUUUAAUCUACGUAAACUAAAAGUUUCGUCGUCAAAUUGUAUACAAAUGGACUUGAGUGAUGAUUCGUCUUGCUCAUCGUUUGUAAUCAUUAUCAGUGGCUUGUCGUAGUAACGAUGGCUUCUAUAGCAAAUUUUCCAGAUCACAUACUCGAGCUGAUAUUUUCACACUUGGAUCUGUAUACUCUGGGUAAUUGUCAACUAGUUUGCAAAAAGUGGCACCGAUGCCUCAACUACGACGAGAAUAACGACAUUUGGCGAAUGCACUGCCAGCGAAGACUCACCGAAGAGACUUUAAACUCCGAUCUAUUGUCUACUGUGCCGACUUUUAAAGCUAAGCUCAGAGCCCACUACUAUGCUUGGAAUACCAAUGAUUGUUCCAGGAAUAUUUACACAAAGUUCAAUGAUUUUACUUUACAUAGAAAUCCAAUUGCUCAAAGUACAGAUGCUUGCAGGGGGAAGAUAGGUUUUAGGCAUGGAAGACACGCUUGGGAAGUAAUUUGGGAAGGUCCUCUUGGAACUGUUGCUGUUAUUGGAAUUGCGACUAAGGAGGCAGCUUUGGUAUGCCCGGGCUAUGUUGCUUUACUUGGCUCCGAUGAACAUUCUUGGGGCUGGAACUUAGUAGAUAACAAUCUACUUCAUAAUGGAGACGCUCAAGGAAAUUACCCUCUUCCUAACAAUGCACCAAAAUAUCAAGUUGGAGAGAGAAUUAGGGUAAUAUUAGAUUGUGAUGAUAAUACAUUAUCAUUCGAGAAAAACUAUGAAUUUUUAGGAGUAGCAUUUAGAGGUUUACCAGAUAAAAGACUAUAUCCAGCAGUAUCUGCUGUGUAUGGAAAUACGGAAGUUUCUAUGGUGUACCUGGGUCCUCCAUUAGAUGGCUAAAGUUGCAUACUGAAUUUGUACAAAAUUGACUCUUCAUUGAUUAUCUUUAAAUUAUGGUUUGUCUCAUGAACUUUCUUGGAAACUUGUGCAAUUAAAACUCAAUGGAAAAUUACAAUAUAAAGAGAACAUGUAUAAAUCUAACAAAAUCCACUUCGGUCAAAGCUCGACAAUUUAAGAAAAAUUAUUCAUGGAUUUUUCCCAUAAAAUUGUUGGGUAUAAAAUAGAUCUAUUUUCUAGUCUGUACAAAUUAUAAUAUACAAUUUUCGAGCUUUAUAAAAACGAAUCUUUCGUUUGCAAUGAUUAUUCUAAGUACUAAGUAAGAUUGUAAAAAUUCAGUCAGACAAAAAUAUUCCAACUAUAAAUAAGUUUUAUAAGCAAUUAAAUUGUAAAUAAAAUCAUUGAUGCUUCUAAUUAAAUUGAUUAACAUUCCUAAUUAUUUAAAACUGUACAUAGAUAUGUUUAUA